GUUACCAUGACAAUAUAGACAAUUGAUAAUACAAUUUGUAAACAUGGAGAGGUCACAAAAAUAUAAAUUGUGAAAUAUAUAUGAGUUAGGUAGGCACAUUUUAUUUAGGUGGCCCAGAUAUUUUAGUGUAUAUUUGCAAUUUUGAUAACAGCGGUGAACUGUGUAAUGACGUUGCUAUGUCGAGACGACUAUUCCUAGUCAUUGGGCUACUGAUCGUAUCGAAAGAAAUCUCCCAAACAAUGAGAUAUCAAGGAUGGCUACAUGAGUCUUCGAAUGGAAAACAUUCUUCAUACUUGAUUGGUGGAGCGCUGGGGUCACGUGCAGAAAAACAACGGAACGUGGUUGGUGGAGAGUCCCGAUCACGUGACAUGCAAUCUAGAUAUACGAUCAAUGCGGAAGAUAUGGAUACAAAGUGCGAAUUAUUAUCGAAGCUAGAUGUCAUACUCAAUCAAUUACAAUACAGAAAAGGGUCAUAUAGAAGACAUGGAAAACAGCUUUUGUCAGAUUACCUUAAAGCAAAAAUGGCGUUACACUUUGAUAAUAAAAUGAAACGUUUAUUGACAUAUGAUCUGUUUAAAAACUUAGCCAAACAUUACGGAUUCAUUCGGGCAAAACAAGAUUGCAGAAAAUAUGCUGAAUACGUAUUGAAGUAUUCUAGGCGAACAAUUUACCGGGAUAAUACAUCUUCAACGAAUCGACGCAUGAAACGUUUUUCGUUCAUGUAUCCAGGGACGAAAUGGUGUGGACCGGGACACAUUGCCCGGGGGCUAAGUGACCUGGGUCCUUUAAGAUCAAUUGAUAUGUGCUGUAGGGCGCACGAUCUCUGUCCGAGAUCAAUUGACACGUGGGAGACGAAAUACAACGUGUUUAACUACCGGUUAUACAGAAUAAGUGACUGUGCAUGCGAUGAUAAGUUUCGUCAGUGUCUCCAAUCGUUGAAAGACGAAGUGGCGGAUGAAAUUGGGAAUAUGUAUUUUAACACACUCGAGGCAAUCUGCUUUGUUCUACGAAAAACGCCUAAAUGCGUCGAACACACCUUAUUUGGGGCAUGUAAUAAAUACAGUGAGGACGCCAGCAGCAUUCACGCCGAUCUUAAGGACUCUAAAGCAUACGUGUAAAAUAUAUAACUUUGUAACUAUAUAUAUUUGUAAACUAUUAAAGAAUAAAAAGUGAAAUGACUCAACUUUUGAGAUUGCCCUU